AUGGCAACCCCACAUCUGUCCACUGUAUUUGACCCUUCCUGUGCCCAUGAAAGGACCACAGAGAUGGGAAACUUCUGCUCUUGGUUACAGAACUCAAUCACCUUUGAGGAUGUGGCCAUAAACUUCACCCAGAAGGAGUGGGCAUUGCUGAAUUCAUCUCAGAGAAGGCUGUACAAAGAUGUGAUGCUGGAGAACUAUAGAAACUUGGCUUCAGUGGGAUAUCAACUCAGCAAACCUCCUCUCAUCACCCAUCUGGAGCAGGAAGAUGAAAUGAAGAUAGUAGAGCGAAGAAUUCACAAAGAUACCUGUUCAUAUAAGAUGAUUCUCCUUAAAACCGAAGGACCACAGCAAGAGCAAGGUAUUUUGGAGAAAUAUACACUCAAUGACAAGAAGGAACAAACUCUUGGAGGCAAUACCAUUCAAUGCAGAGAAACCGUCGAAACCUUGAGUGUGAAAUCUAGCAUUAUUCAGAAUAAGAGAAUUUACCCAGCCAGCCACAAGAGACAACAUACAGGAGAGGGAUCCUAUGAAUGCAGUGACUGUGGGAAAGUCUUAAAUUCAAUCUCACAUCUUAAGAAGCAUGAGAAAACUCACAUGAGAGAGACACCUUUUGAGUGUAGUCAGUGUGGUAAAGUAUUACAGAGCCAUGGGUCCAUUAAGUUGCACAUGAGAACCCACACUGGAGAAAAACCAUUCAAGUGUGAUCAGUGUGGGAAGUGCUUCACCUCAAGCUCUUAUCUUACACGUCACAAGAGAAUUCAUACUGGAGAGAAGCCCUAUGCAUGCCAUGACUGUGGAAAAACCUUCCGAGAUAGCUCACUUCUCAGACAGCAUGCAAGGACUCAUUCAGGAGAAAAACCCUACAAAUGUAAUCAAUGCAACAAAACCUUCACCCUAAAGAGUGAGGCAUCUCUUAAGACACAUAUGAGGAUACAUACUGGAGAGAAACCUUACAAGUGUAAUCAAUGUGGGAAAGCUUUUAGGCUGAGCUCUAACCUUACCACACAUAAGAAAAUUCAUACUGGAGUGAAACCCUGUAAGUGCAAUGACUGUGGGAAAGCCUUCAGGGAUCGCUCAUGCCUUAAAGAACAUGCGAGAAUUCACACUGGAGAAAAACCCUUUACCUGUAAUCAUGAAUGUGGAAAAGCUUUUAGUAGGCAUGUUUCCCUUACAGUACACAUGAGAACUCACACAGGGGAGAAACCCUAUGAGUGUAAUCAAUGUGGAAAAUCCUUCAGUGUAAAGUGUAAUCUCACUGUGCACAAAAGAAUACAUACUGGAGAAAAACCCUAUAAUUGCAAGAUCUGUGGGCACAGUUUCAGUAAACCCUUACCCUUUCAGCGUCACGAGAGAACUCACGCUCAAUAA